CCUAAAGCCUCGCUCUCGCAUGCAGCAGGAGCCAACACUCACGGCAGUCACACAGCGUCAUUUUCGGUUGUGAGCUAAAAGCAAGAAAGGAAUAAGCCAUGGGUUGCUUGCUCCGGCGGCUGUUCCCGUUCCUGGCCGGCGCCGCCGUCGGCGUGUACGCGGCGCAGAACUACAAGGUGCCCAACGUCCGCGGCCUCGUCGACCGCGGCGUCUACGCCGCCAGGCGCUACGAGGAGGCCUACCGCAAGAAGCCAUCAUCUUCGGCGGCUGACGCUGCCGCCGCCGGCGGUGGGAGCGCGAGCGGCAGGAAGAAGAGGGUGGUGCAGGUGGACAUCGACGACGAAGAGCUUUAGCUGUGGCUGUAGCUCAUCACCACGGAUGCGGUGUACGAUACCCAGUGUUGUACUUGUAAGUUGUACGGUUACGUUGUACCUAUAUGCUGCAGUGUGUGGGAAUAAUUGGGUGAAUGAAGAUUCCGUUACUUUUGUUUUGCAAAAAAACAAUGUUGAACUGGAUGUGAAAUGAAUGAGGGACU